GGUUUUCAAACCCCAUCGAAACAGCCAUUGCGUGAACUACUACUCAAGGCGCUGGCAAAUCGCAUUCAAAUCGCUCUCAAUCAUGCACAACCAGGACGGCUAGUGCAAGCAGCGAAGGGCAUUCUCGAGGCAUGGAUCGACGCGAAUCCAUAUCUGAAAGAACAUCUUGUAUCGACUCGAAUCGGUAAAUGGGGGACUGUAUGCGAUUUCUUGCACUGUGUGUCUGCUACUUAUCCCUGCACGACAACUCCAUCCACGACAAUAACUCCAUCCACGACAACAACUCCAUCCACGACAACAACUCCAUCCAGCCGUUGCCAGACAGUUUCUGAUACUAUCGGAACUGCUGGACAAAGUUCACCUCUCAAUACUGCAAUAGAGGACGGUUAG